CUCUGCAACUCGUGGAAGAGGAAGGAAACAGGAUUAGAAUCCACUGGUGGGUCAGGGACUGGUGAUGCUGUUCCCCAGCCUCCCAGAGGACGCCUGAGCAUGGCGUUGCCAUAGCGACGGCUCCUACUGCUCCCUAGAUAAGACAGGCAAGAGCGUCAGCUGCAGCCCCAGCCCCUCCAGCGAGCCUCGACGCCAAACUGCACCUUCCUCACCACCUCGCACCGCUUUCAAGGAUGCAUCUCAGCAUGUGUGAUUGAAAUCAGGCCAGCAGACUGCAUGACAGAGGGCAGCUGGAAGACAAAAGCUCAUCAUGAUCUGGCUGGCAAGUGGAUACAUAACACCAUAUCUUCAAAGGAGGAGAAAAGCCUAUUUCGAUGAUGUCAACAGGAUAUGUUCAGCCACUUGAUAUGCCAGAUGACAGACUGGAUAAGCGAGAUUCACAGUGUAACCAUUUAGAAGAUCUUUCAGAGCAGCUGAUUAAGAGCUGUGACCUCAAAAAAAACCCAAGAAAAGGUAAAACUAUCCUAGCUUCCCAAAAUGCUGAACAGGAGCAAAAAAAGCCAAGGAGAAAAGAUACACCAGCUUUGCACACUCCACCACCUCUAACAGGCAUACUUUCAGACUUUUCUGAUACUCUGUUGAAAAGGUAUGGUAUCACAGAGAAGCCACAGAGAGAGAGAGUGAGUCCAGUCUCUCAGAUCACUGAACUGGAGCAGAAAAAGCCCAGGAGAAAAGAUACACCUGCAGUACACAUCCCACCUUUGCUAAUGGGCACUAAGCUGUUUACAGAAGAAGAACGAACAGUGAUUAUGGAAGACGAAGAAAAGGAUGGAGACACAAUCCACAGUUAAGAUUACAGUGAUAUUUCCAAUAAUGCAGUGUAAAUAAUUCUGGGUCAUUCAAAGUGGCAGCACAUAGAAAAGAAAGUUCUUUCAUUUUUAUAAAU